AUGCCGUGCGCACCUGGGCCUACGAAGGCCGUCCUCCUGGUGAACUUGGGCACCACGACUGCACCAACCGCACCAGCGAUCCGCAGAUUCCUGCGCGAGUUCCUUUCCGAUCGCCGCGUUAUUGACGUGCCGCGCUUUCUGUGGUACUCAAUUCUCUAUGGCUUCAUCCUGCCCUUUCGCCCACGCCGCAUCACUCCGCUGUACAAGGCCAUUUGGAUCAAGAGCGACUCUGGUGUGAUCAUUAAUGGUAAGACCGAGGGGUCACCGUUGACACUGUACUCGGAAAGUCUUGCAACGAAGGUGCAGGCGUCAGUGGACAAGACCUCAAGCGGUUCCGUUGUGGCGCGUCACGCAAUGCGGUAUGGGAUCAAGAACAUCCCAUCGACUCUCAAGGCGCUACACGACGAAUUCCCGACGAUCCGCGAGUUGAUCGUUCUGCCGUUGUUUCCGCAGUACACCUCCACGACAUCCGCAAGCAUUUAUGACGAGGUGUUUAAGUUCUACAUGGAUACAAAGCGCCGCUCCAUUCCCAGCCUGCGAACCGUUCGCGACUAUGCUGAGCACACCGUCUACAUCGAAGCUCUCGCAUCGAGUCUCUUGAGCAGCAUCAAGGCACACGCCACCGCGAAGGCCGGCGCCGCCAAGGACUGGAAGUCGGCCCUCGCCGACCAGCUCCCGGGGAUUGGUAUCAUCAUCACGUACCAUAGUAUCCCUGUCCGCUACGUCGAAGAACAGGAUGACUACCCGCAUCGAUGCGAGGCCACCACGGCCGCUAUCAAGGCCUACGUCGAGAAGGAGGCCGGCAUCUCCCUCAACGGUUGCCUCGUACACGUCUACCAAUCCCAGUUUGGCAAUCAACCGUGGCUUGGUCCUACUCUCAACGCUGCGGCCACUGCUUUUCCACUCCCUCCCCACGAUGCUAGAAAGCAGGCCUUCAGUGAUGCCCACCGCGACAAAGCUCUCUUGACGAAGCAGGCGAAUAUCUGCUUUGCCAUGGCGCCAGGCUUUGCUGUGGACUGUGUGGAGACCUUGAACGAGAUCGAGCGGGAGGCUGGUGAAAUCUUCAUGAAAAGCGGUGGCCACAAGUUCAUUUAUGUUCCGUGCCUCAACGACAGCGACGCCCAUGUCAAGGUGCUCACCUCAGUCGUUGGCGCGUGA